UGAUUAUAUAAUAUAUAUACUUAAUUGUUUCCCAUUACAAACAGCAUUAUUUAGAUAUCAGUUGUAUUGGAUUCAGACUAAUUCUCCAAAAGCACGAUGAUUUCCCGACUGACAAUUUUGAUCUCCGUAGCUGCCGUUGCAUCUGGUUUUCCCUCUGAUGUUUCACCAUGCAACGGGACAUCUGCGGAGCUCUUUCCCCACCCUAAAGAGUGCCAACUCUACUACAACUGUAGUAUAACUGACUCCCCGCGGUUGAUGCCCGGGGGCCAGGGUGUGACCGAAUGCAAGUACCCGCUACUGUAUGACGAGACCAGUGAAACGUGUAUGGAAGAGGUCAACUGUGGUUCACGGAAGCUCAAGAAAAAUGCGUGUGAUUACUACAACAAAAAAUGUGACCUCCCACAUUGCAUUCCCUGCCAUUUCCUAUUUCCAAAAUGCGAGGGUUUGGCGGACGGCACAUACCCACAUCCUACCAAACAACCCUCACCAUACUGUUUUGUCUGCAAUAACGAGCGCUUUGUCGAUGAAAUAUCUUGUCCUGACAGUGUUCUUACUACACAAACACCUAGUACGGAAAUAUAAAUGUUCAACCAUGGCCAUGAAGCAAGACGCACCCUUGUGUAUCCGUCUGAAGCGGUACAUUUGUUAAUACAUGACAUUGAGUUGCGUGCAUUUGUCUUUCGCAAAUAAAAAGUACAUGAGCUUUGUUCAAACGAACCAGAAGUUGAAUCUUCUUUAAAGAUGAACUAUUACUCCCAAAUAAAAUUUGCCACAUUCACCUCCAACUUUGUUUCGGCCAUGUAUAUUGUUCGUUUGUAACGAUAUACGUCAUUUAAUGUGAAUAAAUGACAUUCUUUUCAAUUUC